AUGGAGUGGACAACUCCCAUCGCCGGUCCCGAACUCGUCUUGUUCUAUGGCCCGCCUCAAUCGGGCAAGACGCGCUACUUCGAGAAGCAGCUCAAGUCGACCCACAUUCGUGUCUCGGCCGAGGACACCUUCCGCGCACAGCCACACAUGUCCCUCCACCGGGUGGUGAACAUGGCCAUGUCGCAUCUGCAAGCCGGCAAGAGCGUCGUCAUAGGCAUGCUUGCACAGACCCCCUCGCAUGACACCAACAGCAAGAGGGCCACACGAGCAUCCUACAUUCGAGCACUGCGCAGUCGGCUGGCGAUGUGUCGCGUGGUGUGCAUCAACUUUAAACCCCUGGGCGAUGUAUUGCAGUGCCAGUGGCAGAACGAGUGGGCUCGGGCGGCCUCUCUCGCGGCCAAGGAAGCGGCCCAGAAGUCGUCGUUGGCUUCUGAUCGGGCUCCAACCGCCAUAGAAGAGGGCCACGUGGGCGAAGCAGCGAACAUCGGCGUCGUGGAGUCAGAGGCCUGGGACAACUGGAUGGCCGACGCCGACCCACCAGACGCAAGCGAGGGCUUCGACGAGAUCAAACUCGUGGAGUGCUCCCUGCGAUCAUACAGCAGCACGCCCUUCGACACCAAGGGGCUGAUGAUCGACGCCGAGGCCCUGUACGAGUUCAACGCCGAGCUCCUGUCCGACGCCUUCUUCGGCGGCACGCUACCGGGUGGGGACUGGGUGAAGCUGCGCGAUGACGUCGAGCAGGUCCUGUGCGAAUUCCAAGACAAUUUUGCCAAGGCUCGGUUCAUCGUGGUCAUGAACGAGGCCAGCAUCCUCCCCGCCGAAGUCCACCUCCUGGACCCCACCCAAUCCGAAGUGCAGUUUUCGCGCUUCCGCACGCGGCUGAUGGACGAGCUGGCCAAGCUGUCGGUCACCACGUACUACCUCUAUCUGCCGCGACGAUCGAGUAUCCACUCGGCCUUCCUCAAGCCUCCCUCGCCCGGAUUCAUUGCCUGGCUGCAAGAGCGGCAUCGGCUGAUGCUGUCGGAGAGUCUGUUCGUGGUGCGUGAGAACUCGCCGCUGGCAGCGGCGGCGAGGGGCUACGUCACGCAGAUCCACGGCGAACACUUCUUCAACUCCUCCGGCUGGCUCGUCCAGAGCAAAGUGCGCAUGCACUCCCGAGAACCGACGGCCAGACCGGCCUUCCUGAGCUCGAUCGAACCACCGGUGGCGGCUGAGGAGAACGCGGCGGACGGCCUCCUGCUGGGCGGCGAUUCACCCGCUCCGCCUCUGUGCACCGCCGCCAACCAACACAAAUCAUCGCGAGGGCGCAGCGAAACGAUCGACGACGUGCUCAUGCACGGCCUUGUUCUCCCGGUCAAGGUGAAGAGUGAAUUCGAGUUGAACGUCCACCACGCUCCAGCUACUGCGCCAGCCAUUCCCACGAUUACGGCCCCGACGAACGAACUGUCGGCGCCGGUGACGCCCAUACCGCGCGAGAAGCAGCGCUCGGCGGCGGCCAAUCUCCUGCGGACGCCCACGACGCCCAACCCGGCGCUCGACUCCCCGUCGGGCGUCUCCCCUCGUCGCCGGCUGCCCGGCUGGAUGUCGCCCGGAGCCCCCAAGCCAAUUAAGCCGCGGAUGCCGAAGCUGAGCGAGGGCGAGGGUGAGGCCGACGAACCCAAGACGCCGGCGAAGAAGAAGAAGACGGCUACAAAGCCCAAAGAAGCAGCUGCACCGGAGACGCCCAAAAAAGCCAAGCCGGCACCCAUCCGCAAGGGGGCAGCGGCGACGGCGGUCAAGCAGGAGGAGCCCGAGUCGCCCACGGAGGACCUGCUGCUCUCCCUGGCAAAGAUGCGGCUCACGUUGAAUCAUUUCCGCGGCCAGGAGGAGGAUUCCGAGGAUUCCGAGCUGCUGCCGUCGCAGCCCACCUUGAGCAGCGGCAAGCGCAAGCGCGACGCGUCGUCGGUGAAGCGCGAGCUGCCAGAUGCGGGGAGCGUCAAGCCCCGCUUUGUAAUGGCCGACGGCGACGGCGGUGGGAUUGACGACGCGGGCGGCUCCGACGGAGACGCCGAUGACCUUCUGCGACGAAGACGGAAGCGGCCGCACACGACUGUAGCGACCCGACACGACGACGCCACGCCCGAAACGGAUGACGGGAUGGGCCACGUCGACCUACCGUGGCCCUCGCCGCCUACGAGCAUCGCCGCCUCAGCCACUGCCACGACGACCACCAACAUCACCGACUCGCUGCCUUCGUGGGAGGAGCCGGCCUGGCACGCCUCCAGCGCCGCCGGCACCGGCACGACCACGCCGCCGCCUUCGUGGGACGACCUGCGAUCGAUCGCCGCCGCCGCCACCACGACAACGACGACUACGGCCAACCCAACAACGCCGCCCUGGGAGGAGUUCGUCGCGCCCGUCGAAAGACGAACAGACACGCUCAACGAUGACCUGCUGCCCCAAUUCACCGCUUCGCGAGCCACCACCAACGCCAGCGCAGUGGAGAGAACAUCAUCAUCAUCGACAACGACAACGCCAAAUCGCCAUCGCGACCACCAGCGUCGCCACCACCGCCAGCCACACCCAUGCCACUGA